AUGCACUUCCAAAUUUGUGACAAGGAUACCACAACACAAGUGUGCUUCGGACUUGACCGCGAGUUUAUCGCUGGUCACGCGAGUCACUCUCCCUCAAAUCUGAACUCCGUGAAAGGUGCGAUAUUUAUCCAUAAUGAGACGCAUAAUAACGGUACCGCAAAGGUGCAUUGGGGGGUGUUAUUCAAGAAAAGUUCGCACACACUUUCCAAUGCAUUUAGUAAAGGGCUCAGUAAAAACCAUGGUCCAUUUCAAGAAUGA